GAAUAAUCCCCAGUCUUAAUCUUCGAUAUUAUAGUUUAUUCAAGUUGUACAAAUGUUUCAUACUUGUGAAGACAUUGUUUUGGAGAGAAAUUACCGUUAGGUCAAGAGGCAGAACAGACCAACACUGACUUCAGAUCAUUAUCUCACAAUCGAUUCAAGCUCACUAUCUCAGACAUCAACCAUACACUGACGCAGAUCAAUAAUUGUCGAGAGAAAUCACCUAUUCUUCUGAAGUUUCAAGAUGCCGUUGUCCUCGAAAACAUCAUAAUACCAAGCACCACUUAUCUUUAAUUUUUCAGAAGGAAAUUUUCACCUCCAUAAACAGUCGAUAAUCGAAUUUUGAAAAUGAGAACUAGGCUUACGGAUAAAAUUUAUGUUUUCGAGGAGGUUCCUCGUCAGGCGGGGCCAACAAGUCGAACACCCCUUCUUGCAUCCGAACAUAGAAGGCAAGAAGAAGAGGAGGAAAGUCUUUGCUCGCAGAUUCUGUUAGUCUUGGUCUUCUUCGUAUUUUUCGUUAGUAUCUGCUUGAUUGGCGUUUGGACCGGUGGUCGUUGGGUUCGCAGCACGGAAAGAAUAUGCACGGGUUAUAUCUCGCAAUAUUCCCCAGUUCUCGAAGACCUGAGCCUCUCGUAUACCACGAUGAGUUUUAAUGGGUCGCUUCUACAACCAAAUAAGUAUCGGCAAGAUGCAGGCCGAGAGGUUGAUGCGGCCUGGAAUGAUUUGGGCAUUAACUAUCGUGACAUCAAAAUUCCUGCAACAUUGGCAGCGAGGUCCGGAAUCACUACUGAUCAUGUUAAAAUCAAUGAGAAAUAUGGUGGCGGUUACCCAGCCAAUCUUGAAGGUUUAACCCAUCUUCAUUGCUUAAAUCUUCUUCGACAAGGACUGUGGUAUAACUAUGAUUAUUAUCAAAAGAGAGGAGAAGGCGCUUUCGAGAAUGACAUUCCAAUAUUGAAGCUUCACAUUUCCCGAUGCCUUGAUAUUAUUCGUCAGCAAUUGAUGUGUACAAUUGAUAUUGGUGUUGUGGGUAAAAUCUGGGUUCAUCCAGAAGCCCCGGAGACAUACCAAGAUUUCAACACAAACCAUAAGUGUCGAGAUUUCGAUGCUGUGAAAGAUUGGGCCCAACAGCGACAAAUGCCAGCGGAAUUCCCGGCCGACUUUUUGCAGCAGCCAGAGGAAGGAGACACUGUUUACUCGGCAUAUCAAUGAGCUACAAUGUCAGAUUGAGGGAUGGGACUUUCUUUGCAGCAGAUUCUAGCUGUUGGACAUAUUGUGUCUCGAGUGAUUUCGUGCUGUCCGAAGUGAAGAGGCGAAUAUCAGGGGGAUCACAUUUGAGAUAUUCCGUUCUCGGUCUCUUCAGUUGGUUGUAUCAAGAAUGGCAAUUUAGUGAAGAUAUCUGAUGUAUUUGAAAUAGUUUUGGGCAUCUAACCGAUUGUUACGAUGACCGGGUUUCGAGUGAUCAAGCUAGAUUAGUCAGCGAAACUUCCAAAAUGCCAAGCCUUCCAUUUGCUCACA